AAGUUGUUUUGAAAAUUAGUCAUUAUUAGUGUUCAUUUUAUUCUCGUUAUGUAAAACAUUCUGCUUUACUAUAUUGUUUUGAGAAGCCUCUUUUGACGUUUAAAACAUUUUAAAGCAAACUUCACUGCGCUGUUGUUUGUGGGAACGCGUUACGAUACUGAUAACUACAGUCGUGGUGUUAAUAUACAUGCAGUCAUGUCAGACGAAGCGAAUAAACGACCGGGAACCGAAGGACAGCCAGAUGGGGACGAAAUAGAUGAACAGCAGCCCGCUACCAAGCUGGAUAAAGCCAGUGCUCAGAAUGCCGCCGAUAUGGAAAAAGUGACCGAUCUCAAGGAAGAGAAGGAGUUUUCUGGAAAGAUCUCCGGCAAUGCGAGUGCGGUUCUAACAAAUGUUGCUUCGGAACAAGCGAAGAGUUCGACGGGCCCAGUUGUAAUAACCCUGCGCAAAGUGGAUAUCGAUGCUCUGGUAGAACAUUUCGAUGUCAAACGAUUGUUUGCCGAGCGGUUGCUCAAGAAGCAUCACGGUGAUAUGCGUAAAGCUGUGCGCGAAUUAAUGUUUGGCAAUGCUGCCCAGAUUAACCCUUUCGUAUCCUCUUCACAUUGUUGUCCUGACCAUAGCAGCAAUGUCAUAAAAUCUACGGAUCAUUAGAAAUUAAGUGGUAAUUUUUCAACUUCCUUUCUGCAAAUUGUAUGGAAUAUCAACUCUUUAACUUAUUUCUCUACGUAACUUCUUUUCUGAAGGUUGUUUUAUUUUCUGAGCCUGUUUUCGGAAGGUUUGCAUUUAAUUCUUGUGACAUAUAAAUCACCAACGCUC